GGAUGACAGACAGAAAAAUACUGCACAUCAUUGUAAAAUUAAGAUAUUCAUCUCUCAACUCAGGUUAGAUUGCUAAAAAUGUAAAUGAUAAUCGCACGCUUUUCGGCAUAUAAUAAUACCAGAUCCGGAUGCAAACUCAAUGCCAAGUAUUGCAUGAACAUAUACAUCUUAAUUCGUGGUUCCACGUUAUCCUGAGGACUGAUGAGCGCCCUCUAUCCUGCCCAAAAUGCGUAGAGUACAUAGUAUUGAGUUAUCUUAACUUGACAGUUGACACUACAUAGUUGUCGACGAUUUGCGAGUGCCCCGAAUGCUUUCGUCUUACGUUAAUUUAAAUAAAAUUAUAUAUUAUACAUACAUUCAAGUACACAUUGAUUCGCAUAUUAGUAAUAAAAUAAUAAAGUAUACGUACUGUUAAAGUACAAUGUUUUAUAUAGGUAAUUAGUGAUUUUAGUUUAUCGUUUGUUAAAAAUGAUUCUGAGUGCAGAUCCAGUAUUCAAUUAUUACCUAUUACAGUUGUAGGCGAUGUAGUUUCUGCUGGAGAAAUAAUACAGCAAUAACAACUAUUUAAAAGUUAAAAAGUUCACAAGAGUUUUGACCAUGUACGUUUUGAACGAUUUUUUCAAUGCAUUGCGAUUAUUUGUCCAAACCCAUGCGGGGUUAGACAUUGAUAUUAAAUUGCCAAUGUUGAACCAUCGCAUUAAUGGACACAUCCGUUUCUAUUCAACUAAAAACUUACAAAACCUUGUUGAAAAGUUAGUGGAAGACUUGACAAUCAUUGAACGUUGCUCGUGGUCUUCAGGUUAUUUAUCAAUAUGGUUAAAAAAAGAAUUAUGGGCAUCCACAGUUAUGAAAGAUGUAUUGACGUCUGGCUGUAAAUAUGGUUGCAAUAUUGAUCACAAAGGCACUGUAGUCUCAGUCAGUUCUGACGAGUGUAAUGAUUCAGUCACAUGCUUGCGCAUUGCAUUAUUGAAAGAGACAAUUCAAAAUUUGGCCAAAAUGAAUGGAUACAUAAUAGAAAGUAAUGGAUUGGAUUUAUUGGUGUCCAAAAAAAACAAUCCAAAAAAUAGUAAUCUCGUAUUGUGUGGUAAUGUUGUUUGUAAUGUGAAAGUCAAAGAAUAUAAACAGCGAAAACAAGAUUCUAUUACUAAAAUGUCAGCUAAUCGUAUUGAGUCUGAAGAAUAUCCGAUCGAUAUAAUAUCAAAACUAUGUCAUGCAUCAAUUGUCUAUGAAUUAUUAAGUGUCCGCCACAGUAAAGUUAUUAAUGCAGAAUGUGAUACAUCAAAUAAAGACAGUGGUAUUUUCAUAAUGUACAAUUACUCAAGACUGUGUCAAAUAUGGGAAGCAUAUGAAAAAGGUGUUAUUGAAAACUUCUAUGAAUCUUUACCAGAUAUUUGUUCUGUUAACUUUGGAUUGUUGACUAGCAAUGAAGAAUGGCUUUUAAUCCUUAACCAUCUAUCAAUGUAUCCAUUGAUUAUUCAACUAUCUGUCAAACAUUUGUUGUCAGCCAGUGUGGAUGUCCAUAGAUUAUGCAAGUUUUUAAUGGAAAUGUCAUCAGCAGUUAGCUUGUUUUAUCAUAGACAUCACAUUUUAUCUGAUCCCAUUUCAAGUUUAUUACCGUUGAUGCACGCUCGAUUAUAUUUGGUCAAAGCGUCAAUACAGGUGUAUGAAAAUGUUUUCCAAUUAUUAGGCAUUGAUGCUGUACGCGAAAUGUAAAUGGUACUAAUCGACGAAGG